AUGGAGGGGGGAAAAACUAAACCUGUGUUGAUACCUAUUAGAAUUGAUAUAGAUGAGGAUGCUCCCCCCGUGGGAAAUGGUGAAGUGGAAAAUUUGGUCCGAAGUGGAGUUGUUGAUGUGGAAAUAGUGGAGCAAGGGAUAGAUGAUGUUGUCAAAUUGGAUAACUGUGGGGGUGAUGACAAUGAAUUUGAUGAUAUGGACAGUUCUGAAGAUGAAUUGUAUGAUACAACUAUAAACGAGAAUUCAGGAUCUGAUGUAGCUAGAGUUGGAGGGAAUGUUGAUGCAGUUGAUGAUUGGUGGUCUAUAGAUGAGGAGAACAAUCAGUUUGAAGAAGAUAGACAAUAUGUGUUAAAGGAUUCGAAUGAAUUGAGAAGCUUGGAUAAGCCUGAGAAUGAGGUUGAGUAUGAGGCAACUAAUAGCUUUCCAAUUGCUGAGGAUAGUGAGAGCAUCAAAUAUUAUGUGUAUGUUGAAAUGAAGUUUCCCAACCAAGCAACAUGCAGAGAACAUUUAGUUAACUAUUCUAGAGUUAAUGGAUAUAAUUUGAAGAGGAACUAUAGGAGGGAACUUGUUAAUAUGAUACAAAGAGCCAAGAAGAGUAAUGAUUCUGCCACACCAACACCAACUAUUGCAGUUUCAAGCACAAAAGUUGAAUCCCAACCAACUCAAGCUUCACAUGUGGGACCAAGCAUUUCAAUCGGAGGAAGUUUAACAAAUAGUUUUAGUAGUGGUAAGGGGAACAAGGAUAAGAGGCAAAGGCAGGGGAAUAAGGAUAACGGGCAAAGGUUAUCAAAACACAUUAGUUGGGGGUCGCGUUCUCUUCCUUAUUCGCUCAACCCCAUUUCUCUCUCUCUCUCUCUCUCUCUCUCCCCCCCAAUUUAUCUUUCUCUUUAUCACAGUCCCAUUUCUAUCUAUCUACUUGGUCCAAAGCUUCCAAUAAUAAUAAUAAUAAUAACAAAAAUAAUCUUCAAAGGCAGGUUUUUUUCCUCCUUGAAGAAGUCCGAUUCAUCUUCCAACAACAACAGCCUUGAUGGAUCCUCUAACAGUCCCAGAUCGUUCAGCUCCAAUUCCCCAAUCAGAUCCGACAAGAAGAAGCCCCAAUCGGCUCCUAAAGAAGAACACCACCACCACCACCACCCCAACCCGCAGGUCGUCGCUGCUGGUGGGGGCGGCGCCGCCGCUUUGACAGGGCGAUUUGAAUCAUCAUGGGGUCCUUCUGGUGGCUUGAGGAGUUCUGAUGUUUGUACACCAGAGACUUCAUAUGAUUGUGAUAACCCAAAGGUGUCUGAAUCUCCUCGUUUUCAAGCCAUACUUCGUGUAACAAGUGCACCUAGAAAGAAGUUUCCUGCUGAUAUUAAAAGUUUUUCCCAUGAACUGAAUUCCAAGGGUGUAUGGCCAUUCCCUUUUUGGAAGCAUCGAGGGUUAAACAACCUGGAGGAGAUCUUGGUUCUCAUUCGGGCAAAAUUUGACAAAGCAAAGGAAGAAGUGAACUCUGAUCUGGCUAUAUUUGCAGCAGAUUUGGUUGGAAUUCUUGAAAAAAAUGUUGACACUCAUCCAGAGUGGCAGGAAACUAUUGAAGAUUUGCUAAUUUUGGCUCGAAGCUGUGCAAUGACGUCUCCAGCAGAUUUUUGGCUUCAAUGUGAGGGCAUUUUUGAGGAGUUGGAUGAUAGGUGUCAAGAACUACCCCCUGGUACACUGAAGCAGCUUCAUACCCGAAUGCUUUUUAUUCUCACAAGGUGUACCAGACUGUUGCAGUUCCACAAGGAAAGUGGAUUAGCUGAGGAUGAACAUGUUCUUCACCUUCGUCAAUCUAGAAUUGCGUUCUGCAGAAAAACAAAUUCCUCCUAGUUUUGGAAGGGAUUUAAAAGAUUCUAAUGCUACAAAGGCCUCAUAAGCAGCUUCAGCUGGGAAAUCUUACGGUCAGGAGCAACAUAAUAUGGAUUGGAAGAAAGACCAUACCCCUCAAGCUGUAAAUCUUUUUCCACCUCCAGCUCAUGACAAACUCAAUGAAUUUGGAGGUAGAGAUAGAAUGUCAUCUUGGAAGAAAACUUCCAUCUCCAGCAGGAAAAACCAUGAAAGAAAUUGUGCGGUUGAAGGAGCAGAAUGAUGAUAAGGUAGAACAUCCAAAAACAUUAAACAACAAGAGGGGAACUUCUGAUAGUUGAGGAAUUGGAUGAUAGGAUUCAAGUAACUUGAUCAGGCUUUGGUGAAGCAGCUUUAAUAGCAGAAUGUUUCUUUUCAUUUUCACAAGGUGUUCCAGAUUCUUGCCGUCUUCCAAGGAAUGUGGAUUGGCCAAAGAUGCUUGAUAUUCUGGGAAGCAGAAUUCAACAAGCAACCUCUUCCUAGCUGCUUUCAAAAACCUGCUUUGGUUAUGAAAAUUGUCAGAAGAUAAUUGGUUUCCUGUGAUAAAAUUACAUUUUUGAAGCA